UUCGUCAAAUUUCGUCAUGUUCAGAAAUCAACAGAGUUCGCGGCAUUCCCAACUUCUGAGAAGUUUUCAUGACAUCAGGAACAUAAAAUUUAGGUUAACAAUAACUUGGCCUCACUGUAUCAAGAAGAUACAGCAGGAGUGACAAAUAUGUCUGCUGUACUGAAGACAGCUGUGGCUGUGGGUGCCAUCUCCAGGGUAUGCCGGCUGGCUGGUGCACAGUCUUCGAGUCAGCUCCUGGUGACCCAGCUGCCAGACUGUCAUCACAAAAGAACUAUGAGUAAACACUGGAAUCCCAAAUUCCGCAUGCUCAGAGGAAAAAAGAUCAUCAAGGUGGAGUUACCUAACUUCAACGAGGAUAAAGAGGCCGCCGACCUGACGCCGAACGAGAUGCGGGCAAAGCUGAAGGAGAAAGGCAUCCUGCCGCCGCGCCCGUGGCAGGAGCGGCCCAUCAACAUCAGCUGCACCGGCGGCGUGUUCGAGGAGUACGUGCCGCCCGAGGGGGACGGCAAGGUCUCCAUCGUGUCCAAGACGGGCGCCAAACAGCGGGUUGAGUUGCUGGAGAAGAAGGCCAAGUCGAUGAUGGCUGUGCGCAAGAUCCGCACCUUCGACGAGGACUUUGACGUGAGUGACUUCGCCGAGGAUGCACUGAACAUCUACCAGGAGGCGCACCAGGCGCUGGCCCGGCUCGACAAGGCCGCCCUGCACAAGCACGUGACGGAACUGGCCUAUCCGAAGAUGAUCCAAAGCGUGCGGAGCAAGACGGUGCACUGGCAGCUGCUUAAGUCGCUGGAGCCGGCGCGCGUGGUGCACGUGCGCCACACAAACGUCAUCUCCAAGGACAAUGUGUACGCCCAGGUGACGGUGCGUCUGCACACACAACAGCUGCUGGCCAUCUACGAUCGGUUCGGCCGGCUCAUGUACGGCUCCGAGGUGGUCGCCAAGGAUGUGCUCGAGUACGUCGUGUUCGAGAAGCACCUGGCCGACGAGUACGGUCGCUGGCGCGUCCACAGCAAGAUCGUACCGGAUUGGAUGCCGGCCCGCGAGCCGGUCGGCCGCACGUGGCGCGUUGAGCCGACGCCGCCAGCGCCUCCUCCUCCUCCUCCUCCGGCGGCGGCGGCUGAUGCCCCGGCCGAAGAGGCCGCCGUCGCCAGCUGAGCCGCCGCGCGUGCGCACUGAGCCACGGACAAACCGACGCAGCGGUGUGGACGGCGGUCGUGCCGGGACCGACACGUUGGCGGCGAGCGUGGGAAGACUCAGUGAAUGUGGUUCGCGUCGGUUUUCGCGAGGCAGUGCUCCCCGGACCGUGGGAACUGGACAGGAAGCACGCGGCGCAGUGCCAUCGGGUGUUUCUGCGGGCGAGCUCCGACAGAAGCGCGUCGGGAGCGUUUGUUUGGAGCUCGUAGUGAUGUGUGAAUGGGUGACUGCAUACGAUGAUUCGAAUAUAGUGCAAAUCGAGCUGC